CAGGGGGGCGGCGGGAGCCCAAGAAGUACGCAGUGACCGACGACUACCAGUUGUCCAAGCAGGUGCUGGGCCUGGGUGUGAACGGCAAGGUGCUGGAGUGCUUCCAUCGGCGCACUGGGCAGAAGUGUGCCCUGAAGGUGACAUCUUUCCUUCUCCAACACUGAAGACUUUCUUCCCAUCUGUCAAGAUUCAGCCCCAGUGCCACCUCUUCCAGGAAGCUGCCCAGAGUUCCUGGCUUUGGGGCAAUGGAACCUUCUUUAACCCCUAAAGCCAUAAUACUCCCCUUUGACUCAAAGCACCUUUAUAGCACCUGGGCCCAACGCCUGGCAUAUAUCGGGGACUCAUGAGUGCUUAUGAAAAUAAGCAGGCUCUGGCCCUUCUGAGCUUUGGAAGGAGCAUCAGGAGCUGGACUUUUUCCAGGUUACACCUUCUCCACAGGAGAGGGGUUCUUGGAUUGCAGCUCAGAGAUAAACCACAGAGAAAUGUUAUUUCUCCUCUCCUAAAGUCUGAGAAUUCACAUUGUUAUUGGAAUCUAACAGUUCCACUGCCUCAACAGACCUCAUGGGGAAUUCCUGGGAGAAAGGAAAUGCCCAUUCAUGAGGCCGUUUCUGCCCACUGCCUGCUGUCCAGGCUGCACCUCUGAGUAGACAGAGGGUGUAACCAGAAUGCUGAAAGGAAGAGAGAACAUGAUGGAUGCAGAGACUGGAAAGCAGUGGAUCCAGAGCCCAGUACCCUGGAUGCCUCACUCUCCCUGGGGGGAUGGUGCCCACUGCUCCAUGGGUGAGGCUGGCCUGUUGGGGCUAGUGCUGUUGAGCUGGAUUUGAAGCCAGGUGAAGCUGCCAGGCAAGCCAGGCCCUUCUUCAUUUGGCAGCCACCAACCCCUCACCUACCAUCUCCAGACCGGUCAGAUCAGCCUCCGCAGGGCCACUCAUCAGAGGCAACAAAUCAGGAGGCACACGGAGGGCCUGGCAGCUCUGUACAACAGAGUCCCUUGAAAUAGUUUCACUGCCCCCUGCGUUCUCCCAAUGCUGCUCCUUACCUGGAAGGAAAGAAUCUGAGGAGCCAGAGUGUUAACUGCCAGGGAUGGCUCCUAUAUGACAGCCCCAAGGCCCGGCAGGAGGUAGACCAUCACUGGCAGGCUUCUGGCGGCCCCCACAUUGUCCGCAUCCUGGAUGUGUAUGAGAACAUGCACCAUGGCAAGCGCUGUCUCCUCAUCAUCAUGGAAUGCAUGGAAGGUGGUGAGUUGUUCAGCAGGAUUCAGGAGCGUGGCGACCAGGCUUUCACUGAGAGAGAAGCUGCAGAGAUAAUGCGGGAUAUUGGCACUGCCAUCCAGUUUCUGCACAGCCAUAACAUCGCCCACCGAGAUGUCAAGCCUGAAAACCUGCUGUACACAUCUAAGGAGAAAGAUGCAGUGCUUAAGCUCACCGAUUUUGGCUUUGCUAAGGAGACCACCCAAAAUGCCCUGCAGACACCCUGCUAUACUCCCUAUUAUGUGGGCUGUGCAUUCUGGGAGGCAAGGGACACAGGACAGCUGGCAGGCCAAGACCCUCUCACCUACGGCAGUUUCCCACCAAGCCCCAGACUGGCCUUCUCUUCUCUUCUUUCACCAAGGCUGAGACUGACAGAGGGGCCCAGGCCCAAGGGAGCUAGGGCCCCUGAGGUCCUGGGUCCAGAGAAGUAUGACAAGUCAUGUGACAUGUGGUCCCUGGGUGUCAUCAUGUACAUCCUCCUUUGUGGCUUCCCACCCUUCUACUCCAACACGGGCCAGGCCAUCUCCCCAGGGAUGAAGAGAAGGAUCCGCCUGGGCCAGUAUGGCUUCCCCAAUCCUGAGUGGUCAGAGGUCUCUGAGGAUGCCAAGCAGCUGAUCCGCCUCCUGUUGAAGACGGACCCCACAGAGAGGCUGACCAUCACUCAGUUUAUGAACCACCCCUGGAUCAACCAAUCGAUGGUGGUGCCACAGACCCCACUCCACACGGCCCGAGUGCUGCAGGAGGACAAAGACCACUGGGAUGAAGUCAAGGAGGAGAUGACCAGUGCCUUGGCCACUAUGCGGGUGGACUACGACCAGGUGAAGAUCAAGGACCUGAAGACCUCUAACAACCGGCUCCUCAACAAGAGGAGAAAAAAGCAGGCAGGCAGCUCCUCUGCCUCUCAGGGCUGCAACAACCAGUAGCUCAUGGGACAUUGGAGGAGCCUGGCCUCUCAGCCUGCAUAACAGACUGGAAUGUGCUGAGGCCCUGGCCAGGAGGGCCCAGGGUCAUUCUUUUAACAAAAGGAUUAUUUUAUUGUGUUUUAAUUUGUCACUUGGAACUUCAGGAUGGAGGACCCUGACCCUAAACCUCCUUCAGAUCUCUGGCCCAGGCUCAAGCCCUAGAGACGGGCAGGGCCUAGGGGCUGGGAGCUGCCUGCUGCCAUAGCAGCACCUUUAGCCAGGAUGGCCUGAGUGAGGCCUCUGUGCUGUCCUGCCCUGGUGCAUGGCCUUAGCUUUCUAGGCCACUGGGAGUUGUGGCUGGGCUUCCCAUCUUCCACGUCUUCCACAGAGACAUCCCACUGCGGGGUGGGCAGAUGGGCCUGGCCUUGAGAAAGGCAUUGGCCAUUGGUUGCCAUGGUGACCAGGGACCACAUUACUGCCUGUGAAUGCUGAGUGAGCGAGUAAGGGAGGAGGGGCAACUGAGGGUUCACCUCUGCCUUCUUGGGGAGGCUGAUUUCUCGCACACUGGCUGGCCCCCUCAGUCUCACUCCUCCUUGGGCUCCCCGAGGCUGCUGGAUCUGGUCUGCCUGCCUCCUUGUGCAGUCCAGCCCUGCCUUGCUGCAGCCCAGCCCAGAGGGAACUCAGCACUCUCCCCUGAGGGAGUCCCUGGGCCUAGCUAUCCCCUCACUAUUCCCUACCCAAAUGGUGGCUUUUCAUCUGAACUUAAGGUGGGGGAUAUUUUUAACCUUUUUCCGCUUUGGAAAAUGUCACUGUAAGAAAAGCCAGUAUACUUUCCCUGCACCCAUCUGCUCACCAGAUCUCAGGCAGGAAAGCCCCUCUCUGUUGAUGUCAGGGGCUAUCUUUUGGUGUACUUGUGUGAAAGUGGCUGGUUGGGAGCAGGGCCAAGAGGCUUCCCAUUAACCUGAGGUCUCUUUCUUUACUCUGGGUCAGACCUGAGGUUGGGGAAGGCAACUGAGCCAUGCUCAGAACGUCUGGUCCUGGCUUGGGCCUGAGUGGGGCAGAGAGGGCCUUUCCUGGCUGAUCAGGACUUACCAGCCCCACCCCACCAUGGUAGCCUCAGGGUGCCGAGUGCCUGGUGCUGCCUGACAAGUGCCUGACACCCAGCCUAGUUUCUUCCUGGCCCCUCUCUCACUGGCUAGAAAACCCUAGACCAUGUCAGAUAGGACAACACUGCUGGGUUUUACAUCCAGAUAGUAAUAAACAGCAUUUCAUCAUUUUC